GACAAAUUCCAUGCAGGGAGUGGCUCAGGAGAUUGGAGUGCCACCACAAUCCGAGGACCCGGAUGGUCAGCCCUUCUCCGUUUCACUUUCUCCCCGUGGCUCACAACCUGGAUAUGUUAAAAUUUCAUGAGGCAGUCAGUCUCCUCGAAGUCUUAAGAUCCAAGACUCUAAGUAUCGGCCAUGGCCAAAGGCAUUCUUCCUAUGACCUGUACAAAUUUGCUCUAACGCCUCCUAUCAAGUUGCCCGGAGUAGCAUUCGACAAUCUUCAUAUCAUUAAUCCGCACGAACAAACUUUCUCUGACCCAUAUUUUGAGCGUUUGCUCUAUUUGGUGAGUGGUCGUAUCAAGACAGCUGUUUGGUUCACUGCGGUCUCUUUGAUUUCUCAUAAGGGAAGAAUAUGGAGUCCCGGGCUGAGGUUCUACAACGUCACAGUUCUGUCACUCUUCCAGGUGGAUUGUACUGAAGCUCAGUAUUACGGUAUAAUCGACUCAUUUCCCAACUUGCAAGGCCUAGCGGUAAGCGAGAUGUCAAUACCGAACUAUCUCGAACGAGUUGGAGAAAUAGCGAAUCUAUCUGGUCAGAAUACCCCCGAGGAGAUCAAGGAGAGCCAAACUGGUCCGGCGUUACAGUUCUUAGCCGUGGAUCUCAACAUAUCUGUGACGGUAUCUUAUUGUCUCUGUUCGCUGGUAGAUUCUCUCUUGCUCGAACUCGUGCUUUGAAAAAAAUCUGCGCUUGGACUCCAAUUGAUGAACCA